AUGAGCUCCUCCUCGGUGGUUCAGUUGCAGCAGCACCUCUUCCUGAAGCUGCUCCCUCCCAGUGAAGGCUGGACACUGCAGGGAAUGUCCAAGCCCCUCUGUGUGACCCUGCUCAUCACCGUGGACCCUCUCAUUGGCUCCGUCCCAUUGUGGCUUUGUUCCCGUCUUGCAGGCAGCUUGAUGGGUGCCCUGGGGGUGGUGGUGCUAUGGUCUAUGUUGCUGACGCCAGCGAGACUCCAGACCCAGGAGCCCCAGGGUCUUUCCACUGAGGAGCCUGUCCCCACACUCCAUAUGACCUUUGACCCGAGGAGAAUGAAAUUAUCUUGGGACUGCAGAGAAAACGCCACGGUGGAGUCGUGUGUGAUGAUCCACACGGACCUGGGGGAGAUUGAAAUGAAGCCCUUACAGAAACAAUGUAACUGCAUCUUUGAACACUUUGCCGUGCAUGGCGGACUGGAGCUACUCAUUAAAGGAAAUAGCAGCCGGCAGCUGUUUGAGGAAAAGCUGGUCUAUGCAAAUCUAGGUAUGGAGGACACGGCUGCAGAAAACUUCUCCUGCUUUAUCUACGACAGGGAUUUCUUGCAUUGCACGUGGGCAAAGGGCAGAGCUGCCCCAGUCGACGUCCAAUAUUUCUUAUAUAUCCGGGAUGCCAAGUUGGAGCAUGAUAACACUGCUGAAUGUCCACACUACAUCGAGGACUCAGCCGGCACCCGCGUGGGCUGUCAUUUUGACACCCUCUCUGAGCUGCGAGGACCUCAGUUCUUCUUCUUUCUGAACGGGACCAGCCAGGAGGUGGGAAUCCCCUUCCUGGAUGUAGGUCCCAUCGAAGGCUAUAAAAUGGGCGCCCAGGAGCCAAGCUGGGACGACUUGGUGAUCUUGCUGGCGGUGACAACCGCGGUGGCCCUCACCGUGGUGUUGAUGCUGCUCUUCAGAAGUCGGGUCCCGGCGCCUCCCGGAUCAGCCGCCAUCACGGGGCACCGGGUCCUCCCGGGACACAGCUACCAGCACCCCAUGCCCCCCACACAGGAGAAGGACCCCAACAUGGUUGGUGUUGGUCGUACGGGUGCAGCUGGUGGCUUCACGCUGGGCAGCGCGGGGCCAGUGGCUGCGGUGCUUCACGCGUGCGUGCUGCGGCGUGGGCCAGGGCCACAGCUUCUCAGCGUCUUGCUGGUGCGGCCCGUCCACACGGAGCAGCGAGGCCUCGUCUCAGCAUGCAUGGCGGGGCCCCAGGUAAAGCCGGCCCCCGCUACCCGAGGGUUCCAGGGGCAAGUGCCCCCGGAGUUACGUCAGCAACAAGGCCUGGCAGUCGGCGUCCGAGGCGUCGGCCCCGAGAGCCCCGUGGGGACAGUUGUGCGCUGA